AGUGCACAAUGGACAAGGAUGAACGGGAGUACUGGCAUCUGCGGGCCAUAUACAACGAGGACGUUCCCCGCUUCCCUCCCACGAACAUGGUGGAGCCUCUCACGGCUCGCAACCUGUUCCAGCUGUACAUAAACACCUUCAUCGCCGCCAACCUAGCCGAGUCGUGCGUGUAUCCACUGGACGUGGCCAAGACGCGGAUGCAGGUGGAUGGCGAGGAGGCCAGGAGGUCGGGAUCCAAAAUGCCCACAUUCCGGGCCACCCUCAGCAACAUGAUCAAGGUGGAGGGCUUCAAAUCGCUCUACGCCGGCUUCUCGGCGAUGGUGACCCGUAACCUGAUCUUCAACUCGCUGCGCGUCGUCCUGUACGACGUCUUCCGGCGCCCGUUCCUCCACGUGAACGAGCGGAACGAGGAGGUGCUCCGGGUGCCUCACUCGCUAGGAUGCGGCUUCACGGCGGGCUGCAUUGCCCAGGCGCUGGCCAAUCCCUUUGACAUCGUCAAGGUGCGGAUGCAGACGGAGGGCCGCCGCCGGCAGCUGGGCUACGAGGCGCGGGUGAACAACAUGGUGCAGGCCUUCACGGACAUCUACCGACAUGGUGGACUGCCCAGCAUGUGGAAGGGCGUGGGGCCCAGCUGCCUGCGCGCCUGCUUGAUGACCACCGGCGACGUGGGGAGCUACGACCUCAGCAAGCGGACCUUCAAGCGGCUGCUGAGCCUGGAGGACGGCCUCCCGCUGCGCUUCCUCUCCUCGAUGUGCGCCGGGCUCAUAGCCUCCGUGCUCAGCAGCCCGGCGGACGUGAUAAAGUCGCGGAUGAUGAACCAGCCGGUGGACGAGAGCGGAAGGAACCUCUACUACAAGAACUCCCUGGACUGCGUCAGGAAACUCGUUCGGGAGGAGGGCGCCCUCACCCUGUACAAGGGCCUGAUGCCCACGUGGUUUCGCCUCGGACCCUUCUCAGUUCUGUUUUGGCUGUCCGUCGAACAGCUGCGCCAGUGGGAGGGCCAGGCGGGAUUUUGAUACUAUAACUUUUAUGCUGUAAUAUCGUGGUGUAUGUGUUCUGAUAUAUAUUUUAAACAAAAGUUUGAAAAGCACA